CACAUUGCAAUAUCCUUUUUUCCCUUGGGAUAGGAAGUCACUUUCUAGCCUAAUAAAUGACACUAACACGUCCUGCACUGAUGAUCUCACAGGAAGGUGUGUAGUCUUAGCCUAGCAUAAUAGUUUAUAUCCAUUUUCCAGCAUUUGUGGCAGCAGCGUUAUCCGAGGCUUUUGAAACGGCUACUGUUCUUUGAGGAUUAUAGGGGUAGACAUGUUGGAACAUGACAAUGUAUUGAAGUGAUUCGCUUCAGUGAUCUGCUGCCAUAUGCCACUCUCCGUGUAUGCCCCGUUAUUUCUCAUUAUCCGCUCUCAAAACCAAAGCAGACACUCUGUAGCUGUGGCAGAGACAUGUGCCGCCACAUUCCUGUGAUCCCCCUGUUAAUCUCCUGCUACUGCUGCUUACUAGUAAAUGGCUACCAGGACUCUCGGCAACAGCCCCAACCCGAAACCCCCGACUGGAGGAUGACUUUAAAGACCAUCAGGAAUGGGGUGCAUAAGAUUGACAUGUACUUGAAUGCUGCACUGGACCUGCUAGGAGGGGAGGACGGGCUCUGUCAGUAUAAGUGCAGAGACGACUCAAACCCAGUUCCACGCUAUGGAUACAAACCUGCACCACCAAAUGGAUGUGGAUCUCCAGUAUUUGGGUUACAUUUUGAUAUAGGCAUUCCCUCCAUGACCAAGUGCUGCAACCAGCAUGAUCGCUGCUAUGAUACAUGUGGCAAUAAAAAGAAUGAGUGCGAUGAGCAGUUUCAGAGCUGUCUUUCAAAGAUCUGCAGAGAUGUGCAGAAAACCCUGGGCAUAUCAGAAAGUGUUAAAGCCUGUGAAUCCACAGUAUCGCUUCUCUUCGAUGCUGUGAUACAUCUAGGUUGCAAGCCAUAUAUGGAGAGCCAAAGAGCCGCCUGCAUUUGUCAAUAUGAAGAAAAAAUUGAUCUUUGAUGGCAUGAACAAUGUAUAGUCAUUGAACGAAUUGUACUUGGACAAGUGUGCCUUACCAAAAGACUGCUUAAAUAUUAUUUAAUAUUUUUAUUCCAAUGAAAAUGAAGAAAAUAUUUUUUGUAAUUUAAGAAAAUGAUAUAUAUAGUAACUGAAGAUUUUUUUUUGUAAAAGUGCAACAAUACACUUGUUUUUAUAUAAUCUAUAGAGCAAAAAAUACAGUUUUAGAACUUUUUUUUGUUAGUAUCACAUUUUAUAAAAAAUUGCAGAACUACAAUAAAAAUCCAAACUCUAA